AUGGGUCGUUACAGGACUUUGUUCAGAAGAAACAGCGUUGCCUUGAUUAAAAAGUUGAUUGGAGAGGGGAAAACUAUAAAGAAAGUGCUGAAAAUGAUAGGCUGCUCAGCUAAAAUGAUCGCAAAUGCUCUUAACAUGGCAACUAGGUAUGAGCGAAUCGAACCUGGCGAAAAACCCUUUUUAUAAGUUAAAUUAAGAAUAGCCAAAAUGGCAAGGACUCCGCCAACAAUCAGCUCCAGGAAGAUCAAAGGUCUAAAGUUACCUGUGAGUACUGUUACAAUUAGAAGACGCCUAUGUGAAGCCAAGCUAUCUGCAAGAAGCCCCCGCAAAGUCCCACUGUUGAAAAAAAGA